UAUUUCGACACGUCCGGUUCGAUGACUCCAUUCACUGGGCUUGAUCCCGCAUGUACUGUCUCUCCCACUACUUUCUAGCCGACCAACGCCAACCUGCGCAACUGCAUCUGAACCACCAUUCUACCUUUGCUCGCGACUAAAGGCCUGGCAACAACCAUACGGGGCUGAUAACGCAACGAAAUCAAUCAUCGAUUCGAUCUCGCCUACGAAUUCCAAUGUCCGCCGCCAUCAAUGCGGCUGAAGCCGCCCGAGAGCCCCUCGCCUCCAUCAGCUUCCUUACCGACGGCUGCGUUAACUACAUCGGCAUCAACAUUACCGUAACCCACGAGAUCAAGUCCAGCGUGGCUGCUCGCCUGCUCCGCUACGAAGCUCCCUUACCGCACGCCACAAACCCCCUCCCAACUAUCCCACAGGGCCGCUCCCGCUACGUCAUCCCGCCUCCCUCGCGCCGUCGAUCCAGUCGCUUCCUCCUCAAAGACAGCGAAUUCCCUUCCCCAUCCGUUCCUGCCAGUGGAAUCGCCGCCGAUGAGCCCGUGGUCUGGCUCCCUGCGCAACAAGUUUGGGUGAAGAACCACCAAGGCAACGUCGUGCCUCCGUCAAACAAGCUGCGCAUUGGCCCCCAGAGCUUUGUCAGUCUGUUGGGUCGCGAUGGAACAUAUGCGGCUGUUUGCCAUGUUUCGCAGGUUGAGAGGGUGAUUGCGUACAUUGCUGAUGUCAACUCGGCCAAGUCGGAGCGGUUGUGCGUUGCUACUGGAGGCGUGGACUUUCCCGAGGACGAGAGACGGUGGAUAUAUGUGGUUUCUUGUGUAGGUGCGGCUACGGAGGAAUGGGAGGGCUUCGAUGGUGCCGGCUUUGAGCUAGGUGGUUGGGGAGAUGAGAAGGUAGAGGACAAGGAUGGCCGUUGCGUGGAGGAUCGCCCCUGAAAAUCUGGGUAUUCUUUCUCUGCUACUCUUGCCUUUGAAUCUAAAGCUAACAGCUGGUGCCUAGGAUGACACGAUCUGCGAGUCCU